UGUGGCUGAGACACGGAAGCAUUCACAGAACACGCCCGAUAUCUGAUGGUGCCUUGGCAGCGGUACAAUAGUUGCAGCAGAGGUACAGAGUUAAGACCAAAUGGGUUUAUUGAACUCUAAAGAAUCUAAAACGAAACAAGCUCGCAUAUUGAUGCUAGGCCUGGACUCAGCGGGUAAAUCCACUUUGUUGUACAAGCUAAAAUUCAGCAAUUCUGAAUUUCUCACAGCUUCGACUGUCGGCUUCAACGUGGAAAUGCUGGAGUGUAAUAAAAGCGUUGCCCUUACAGUUUGGGAUGUUGGAGGACAGUACAAGAUGCGACAGUUGUGGCCGUAUUAUUUCCAGGACACCGAUGGACUUGUUUUUGUCGUGGACAGUGCAGAUAAGGAGAGGAUGGAAGAUUCCAGGAAAGAAUUUGAACGAAUGCUGAAACACGAGUGUUUGAAAGGGAUCCCCGUGGUGUUAAUGGCCAACAAACAAGAUCUUACCGAUGCAAUGUCUGCAGAGGAAAUCACUAAACGUUUUCACAUGAAGCGAUGCUGCCCGGAUCGCGACUGGUAUGUACAGCCAUGCUGUGCCAAAACGGGCGAAGGUUUAACUGCAGCCACUAAAAUAAUAAUCUCAUACGUCAAAAAGAAAAUCAGCUCUAAAGACGAAGCAUCACAGAGUGAUAUUCAAGAGAACAGAUUAUGA